AUGUCAACUUUAUGCAAUUCUAGAGUUAAAAUUAAAUUUUUCGUUAAUCAUUUGGUGGGUGUUUGGAACCCAUGUGCAGUUCCACACUUUCAUAUUUGUUUAUGCGUUGCUUUAAUGAACAAAACGAUAAUGUUUUCGCUUGUAGACAAUAAUCGUAAAACGCUUUUUUCUGGGAUCAUGUUGCUUGGUCUGGUUGCCGGUUGUAUAUCUCUCUUGCAAUUUGUUUAUUCGGAUGAUUACGAUGCUGACUUUGCUGUUGUUAAGGGAAGUAAAGAGACAUGA